UCGAUCGGAUCGGCUUUCGCCUUCCAAAAAGCACCCUUUCGCAACAAACGAACACCUGAUGGUAGGGGGAGAGGGAUGUUUUCGGGUGGCUGACGAGAGACGGUUUUUGUUUUGAUCUCACACCGUUUUGCUGCUUAGUCAUUUUCGGGUCGUCUCGUCAGCAAUUUCGCAAGAAUAGUUUGUCUCCAGUGGUGUGUGGAUAUCGAUCCAUUUGCAUGAAUUCCAUCUUCUGUCCAUUGUGUCCAACCAGCAGCUGCCCGAAACUUGAGAGUGGAGUGUUGUUGGGUAAUCGCCAUCCAUCGAAUCGAGUGUUUUUAAAAUCUUCCCGUGGUAACGAUGGCCACAUUGAACGAAUCGUUGAUCCUGGCGCUGGAGCGUUCGAAUGCCAAGGACAGGUACGUUACGGGAGCGGAAACGCUCCUGCGGCUGCUGGACAAUAUCAUCCGGGAACCGGGGAACGAGAAAUAUCGCUCGGUGCGGCUGGAGAACAAGACAAUCAAGGAGAAAUUGCUAUCGGUGUCCGGAAUGAAGCCCCUGAUGCUGGAGAUUGGCUACGUGGAGGCCAGUGGAAGUUUGACCCUGCCCGCGAAUGUGGUCAUUGCCAAGCUGAGGAAGUAUCGGGAUUUUAUCAACGAACGAAAAGAGCUGAUGAUGAAUCCACCCUCAACGUCAUCAGAGGGCGUGAUUGUCCAGAAGGCACCUUUGCUGGAAGCGAAAGUCAAUGCGGAAGUGAUUGUCGUCCCAAAACCGGUCAUUCGAGCUGGGAAGUCGUUUCAACAGAGAAUAGCUUUCCCCAAGAUCAUUAGCUCGCGGAAUGGAUUCUUGCAGCAGCUCGAACUGCUUUCGGAUCAGGUAAUGCAGUAUGAGGACGAGCAGUUGCUCCAAAGUGGCCGCGACCUGGUUCCGCUGGAGACAUUGAAGUCACGCGCUAAGGAGAAGCUACGACAGAUCCAGAAAAUGAUAAAGGCCGGAACGUACCGGGAAGAGGAACCGUGGAUGGUGGAUUUGGUGCUGGAGGAAUUGGUCGGGUGGUUCAAGGCGGAUUUCUUCCGUUGGAUCAAUGCGUUGCCGUGUUCGAUUUGUGGCAACGAGAAGACCCAACAGGUGGACAGUCGCGUCGAGGAUGGCGUUCGGGUCGAGGUCUACAAAUGCUGCAACGAAACGAGACGCUUUUAUAGGUAUAAUGACGUGGAGAAACUGCUCCAUACUCGCUGUGGCCGUUGCGGAGAAUGGGCCAACUGCUUUACGUUCCUGUGUCGGGCCUUAGGGUAUGAGGCCCGGUUCGUCUUCUCGACUGGGGAUCACGUGUGGACUGAAGUGUACUCCGCUCGGAGGCGUCGCUGGAUCCAUGUGGAUCCUUGCGAGAAUGCAAUCGAUUCCCCGUUGAUGUACGAACACGGAUGGAAGAAGGACAUAUCCUACGUGUUCGCAUUUUCUCGAGAGGACGUCCAGGAUGUUACCUGGAGAUAUUCCAACCAACAUCCGAUGGUAAUCAAGAGCAGAAAGAGCAGCUCCGAGAAAGAGCUACUCGAAACCAUAUUGAAGCUGCGGGCCAAGCGGAGGGAGAAAGUUUCCGGACCCAGACUGAAGUUCUUACGCAAAAGAACGCUGGACGAAUGCCUGGAAUUGCUCUGCACUCGACCAGCCACGCAAGCCGAAGCGGAAGGCAGAAGCUCCGGAAGUUUGGAGUGGCGACUCCAGAGAGGAGAACAGAAGCUGAACACGUUCUACAUUUUUAUCCCGAACGAGCAGGAAAUCCGUACGAAGCAGUUUAACGUGCGGUAUUCCUGUGCCAAGGAUAUCUACGAGCGGUUCCUGAAAGGUCCCGCGGGCCCGUUGACGAUCGAGACCACAAAGGACUGGAAGAGCCGCCAGUACACGAGUGAAAACGUUUUCCGCAAGGAAGAGCACGACUGGAAGAUGGUUUACCUGGCAAGGACCGAAGGCACGGCGGUGGGUACCGUUAGCUGGAAGUUUGACUUCUCCAUACAGGGCAUGCGCGUUCGGGACGUUCAGGUCAAGAUGGGGACGCAGACCUACGAGGGAGCCAAAAUCGAGAUUCAGUACUUGAAGGAUGAUGGCACCGUGUUACCAUCGAUGCAGAGCCUGGUGGGCUUGGGAAAGUUCACCAUCCAAGCGAAACUCAGUGGAGGCCAGAUGUGGCAACAUUCGCAAAUUUUCCGCCAGGGAAAGUAUGACGACGGCUAUCCAUUCGAGGUGAACGUGCAAUUCAUGUAGAUCCCAGUCACACGAGUGCUAAUACAUAAUACACGAAUUAUAAUUGAGCAAAAUAUAUAGCUUAGAAUGAUAUCAAUUUUCCUACUAGUGUUACCACUAACGGUAGUUAUUCCAGUUUUAGUAGUACGAAACCAUUCAUGUUUUAGUGUAUAUCGCUUUAGGAUAGGAAUUCCGCUGAAGCAAUUACUAGUUGUAUACAAAAUUUUCGAAUUUUAUAUCCGAGCUUCGAUUGUACGUACUUUCUCUAGUCGCUCGUGAACGAAAAGAGGGGUAUUUUUUAUUUG